UUCUUAUAUUUAUGACUACAGUAUUCACUAUGACGACAUGUACAUACUAUGUAGAAAAAUUUUAACAAAAAUUAUUUAUUUCCCGCAGAUUAAUAUGGAACAAACAUUAUAUCGGAAUUACCAGAAGAUUACCUUACAGGAAUCUCCUGGUCGCAUUCCCGCUGGUCGGAUUCCGCGUAGUAAGGACGUAAUUCUUUUAGCGGAUCUUUGUGACUUAUGCAAGCCGGGUGAUGAGUUAGAAGUUACUGGUAUUUACACAAACAACUCUGAUGGUUCGCUAAACACUGAGCAAGGGUUUCCGGUUUUCGCCACCGUCAUUAUUGCGAAUCAUAUCGUUGUGAAGGACAGCAAACAAGUAGUACAAUCGCUUACGGACGAAGACAUCGCUACCAUUCAGAAGUUGAGUAAAGAUCCUCGGAUUGCAGAAAGAAUAAUAGCUUCAAUGGCCCCAUCCAUAUAUGGCCACGACUAUAUUAAACGCGCACUUGCGCUGGCUCUAUUUGGUGGAGAGUCUAAAAACCCCGGUGAUAAACACAAAGUUAGAGGCGACAUAAACUUACUUAUAUGCGGCGACCCAGGAACGGCAAAAUCUCAGUUUCUUAAGUACACGGAAAAAAUAGCGCCACGUGCAGUUUUCACGACCGGACAAGGGGCCAGUGCUGUAGGCUUGACUGCUUAUGUUCGUCGAAAUCCAAUAUCGCGUGAAUGGACUUUAGAGGCAGGCGCCCUGGUACUGGCGGAUCAAGGUGUAUGUCUUAUUGAUGAGUUUGACAAAAUGAACGAUCAGGAUCGAACUUCCAUUCACGAGGCCAUGGAGCAGCAAUCGAUUUCCAUAUCAAAAGCUGGUAUUGUGACGUCUCUACAAGCACGAUGUACUGUUAUUGCAGCUUCUAAUCCGAUCGGCGGCAGAUAUGACCCAUCGAUGACUUUCUCAGAAAAUGUAAACCUUUCGGAACCCAUUUUGUCACGUUUCGAUAUUCUAUGUGUUGUAAAGGAUGAGUUUGAUCCCAUGCAGGAUCAGCAUUUGGCAAAAUUCGUGGUAAAUUCACACAUUAAACACCACCCGUCCUGCGAAGAAUUUGUAGAGGAUACCCAGACGGCAGGAGUGUCUGAAAUACCACAAGAUCUUUUACGACAAUACAUCAUUUACGCCAAAGAAAACGUUCGCCCUAAACUUACAAACAUUGAUGAAGAUAAAAUAGCCAAGAUGUACGCACAACUUAGACAAGAGUCAUUUGCAACUGGUUCACUGCCAAUAACUGUACGACACAUUGAAAGCGUGAUUCGAAUGUCCGAGGCCCAUGCACGUAUGCACUUACGAGAGAAUGUUACCGAAUCCGAUGUAAGCAUGGCUAUACGAAUGAUGUUGGAAAGCUUUAUCGAAGCACAGAAGUUCAGUGUAAUGAAGAAAAUGCGAGCGGCAUUCCAGAAAUAUCUAUCAUUUCAGAAGGAUCAUUCUGAACUACUGUUUUUCAUUCUUCGCCAGUUAACGCUUGAUCAGCUUGCCUACAUACGCUGCAAAGAGGGACCUAGCGCAACUCACGUUGAAAUAAUGGAACGUGAUCUUACCGAGCGGGCAAAACAAUUAGAUAUAUUUAAUUUAAAACCAUUUUAUGACUCGGAAAUUUUCAAACAAAAUGGAUUUUCAUAUGAUCCUAAAAGGCGGACAAUUCUUCAAAUCGUGACAGAAGCCGCAGUGUAAAGUGUAGUCUGUUUAGCAUUGUUAAUUUUGCUUUAUUUUUUGCCAAAGCAGGAUACUCUCUUCUUUAUUUCUUCAUGCUUUAGUGCUUUAAUAAUCAUUCUACUAUUUUUUAUACCACAACAUAUAAAAAUAUCGAGGGAAAUCUCCCCAUUCCUGAAGUACAAUUUUCAAUAAAAAGUAUGAUUUGUAUAAGUACUAAAAUUUAACUAAUUAGGCUAUUUAACCAUCUGCGACUGAUGUGGUAGUGUGACAGACACCGCAACCCCGUAGCGAAUGUCAUGCAUUAGUCACUUAAGAGUCUUGUACGGAAAAGUUACGUCUUAAAUGACUUUGGGCUCCGUUUGUAUGGAAGUCGGUCAUGACUUUUUCAUAUAAAUGGUAAUUUCGUCGUUGAUGUCAUCUGUAUGACUUUGCCAUGCAGUGAUCAUUGAUGACAUUCAAGCGACAAUAUCCUGCAAUGAACUUUUUAUAAGUGACCGCUGCAAGACAUUGUCUGUUAUAAGUCUUUGAUAGGAGUACACC